CUCUCCGGCCUCCAAGUGUCCAAACUGGCUCUCUCAGCCCUGGCUCCGCGCCCCCUGCAGCAAUGGCCUGGAACACCAAUCUCCGCUGGCGGCUGCCGCUCACCUGCCUCCUCCUGCAGGUGAUUAUGGUGAUCCUCUUCGGCGUGUUCCUGCGCUACGACCCGGAUGCAGACGCCCACUGGAUCGAGGAGAGGUUGGGCAGGAACAUCUCCAGCGACAUGGACAACGAAUUCUACUAUCGCUACCCCAGCUUCCAGGACGUGCACGUGAUGAUCUUCGUGGGCUUCGGCUUCCUCAUGACCUUCCUUCAGCGCUACGGCUUCAGCGCUGUGGGCUUCAACUUCCUGCUGGCGGCCUUCGGCAUCCAGUGGGCGCUACUCAUGCAGGGUUGGCUGCACUCCUUUCACGGCGGCUACAUUGUCCUGGGCGUGGAGAACCUCAUCAACGCGGACUUCUGCGUGGGCUCUGUCUGUGUGGCCUUUGGGGCGGUCCUGGGCAAAGUCAGCCCUGUUCAGCUCCUCAUCAUGACCCUCUUCCAAGUGACUCUCUUCUCAGUGAAUGAGUUCAUUCUUCUCAACCUGCUGGAGGUAAAGGAUGCAGGGGGCUCCAUGACCAUCCACACAUUCGGCGCCUACUUUGGGCUCACAGUGACCUGGAUCCUCUACCGACCCAACCUGUACCAGAGCAAGGAGAGGCAAAGUUCUGUGUACCACUCGGACCUCUUUGCCAUGAUCGGCACCCUCUUCCUGUGGAUGUACUGGCCCAGCUUCAACUCAGCUGUGUCUGAUCACGGCGAUGCCCAGCAUCGAGCUGCCAUCAACACCUACUGUUCCUUGGCAGCCUGUGUGCUCACUUCGGUGGCGCUAUCCAGCGCUCUGCAUAAGAAAGGCAAGCUGGACAUGGUGCACAUCCAGAAUGCCACGCUCGCGGGAGGGGUGGCCGUGGGCACGGCCGCCGAGAUGAUGCUCAUGCCUUAUGGCUCCCUCAUCGUUGGCUUCAUCUGCGGCAUCAUCUCCACCCUGGGCUUUGUGUACCUGACGCCCUUCCUGGAGUCCCGGCUGCGGAUCCAGGACACAUGUGGCAUUCACAACCUACACGGCAUGCCCGGCAUCAUAGGCGGCAUCGUGGGGGCCGUAACAGCGGCCUCUGCGAACACUCAGCAGUAUGGGCAGAAGGGGCUUGCCCAUGCCUUUGACAUUGAUGCUACCAAGACAACCUGGACAGCAAGCAUGCAGGGCAGUUUCCAGGCUGCCGGCCUUUUUGUGUCACUGGCCAUGGCCCUGGUGGGCGGCCUCAUCGUAGGGGUCAUUUUGAAAUUACCCUUCUGGGGACAACCCGCUGAUGAGAACUGCUUUGAGGAUGCCGUUUACUGGGAGAUCCCCGAGGACCAGAAGAGCCUCGUCUCCCGUUCUGAGGAUCCUACCCUCAGGCCCACGGAACCUUAAAAUCCCAGGGCAAGUGAGAAGCCGGUGAGGGCUCCACAGACUCUCCUGGUGCUCCUUGAGGAGUCAGUGCUGACCAAGCCAGGAACCCAAGAGCAAGGCCAACGGUACCCUGCCUGAUGGCCUGAUCCAGGCCCCACCCCCACCCCCAUCCCAGGGGGCCUGCCUGAGAAUGGAGGAGGAGCUGUAGACAGAGUGGGCAUCCAAGCCAGGUUCUGGCUGCAGGAGACCUGCCACUGGGGGAGCCCGCAUCCUGAGUGGGGGCCAGGUACUAGAGGUGGACCCCUAGCCCUUCUAGGGGACAACAUAGCUGCCAGCCACUGAGCUCCCUGGGCUCUCCCACUCCCUGCCAGUAACUUCCAUGCCCCCUGAGUCCUCCAGACCUCUCUGUGCCAUGCAAAUGGUGGCCUCCAUGAAUAAAGGUCCUCGGUGUUCUUUGUA